UUUCUAGUCGUAACGGCUAUUUGCUUCAAGAUUCCAAUGAUAUCUGCAAAAUGUCCUUAAAGGAACAGCGCCAGACCUGCUUCGCUCGUCUUAUUUCCGCUCUCAGGGCUGCUGGCUACGGAGGAAUGGUAGAUGAUGUGAUGAUCUGCGUCACCGAACUUCAGCGUAUCACUCUUCUUUGGGAAGAAUUGUGGACUGGUGUACUUAUGGAGCACUUGGAUGAGAUGACUAAAAAAGAGAAGAUGAAUUCAAGGGCAAAAUAA